UUUCUGACUUUGUUGAACGAACGUUGUGCGAGCGGAGCAACGAAUUAAACGGCGUAAGCGCCAAUAAAUGGCGCGCGUUUGUGUUUUUUGCGUUUCGAAUAACAACAAAUACUAUGCAUAAUAUUUUAUAAAUUUCAAUGAUAAUCAAACGAAUAUGCAUGCUAAAUAGCAACGACAACAGCAACAACAACAAUAGGGAGUGAGUGUGUGUAAAUGUGUUAAAGUGCAAUAAAUAAAAGUGCAUUGCAAACAGCAGGAAAUAAGAAGAAGCCUAGAAAGAAGCAAAUCAAAUAAAACGUCAAAAUGACGCGCGAAGAAGAGGAAGAAGUGCGCUUAUUGCUGUCGCGUCACCAGGAGCGCAUCAUGCUCGAUCUGGGCAGCACUGAUCUAAUAGCGGUGCUCGUCAAGAACUCCGUGCUCAGCCAGUCCGAGGAGGAUCUGCUGCUGAAGACCGCCGUCGAGCCACCAGGCAGUGCGCCAUCUAGUGUGGGCGCCUUGACAAAGCGCAAGCUCAGCGCUGUCGCCAGCAGCAGCAGCGGCAGUGGCAGCGGUGGCAGCGCUAGCGUCAGUGGUGUAGGUGGGGACUACAGCUCCAGCCUGGCUGGCUCCUCGCGCAGCGCCAGUGUCAAUGGUGAUCAUGCCCAAAGUGACAAUCGCUCGCUAACGCCAUCUGUGGGUGGCGGCGUCGGCGUCGGCAGCGCUGCUACCGAAGCUCUAAACGAUGCCGAAAUUUUGCGCGUCCAGUGCGCCAAYCUCAUCGAGAUCAUUGCCAAGAGCGGCUUUGAGAAGUUCAAGCAGUUCUGCUAUGCCAUCGAGUGCGAGUGUCCGCAGCUGAUUGAGGAUUUAAUUAACGAUCGUCUCAAAAGCGAUACUUUAUCUGUGGGUUUGUUCUGGCACCUAUUGUAAAUGCCGGCAACAGCA